GACAGCAGCAGUUUACCUGCUCAGUUGUACUUUAACGGGACGGGAAGAGCCACAAAGUUGUCACCAACUGCUCGGUACCAGUACCGGCAUGGCUCGGACCGGCUCCGGUGCGCUCCUUCUCUCGCGCCCAAACAUCAAGCUGGACUCCUUCCUGAAGCGGAACACGGAGCGGACGGUGUACGAGCGGAUCCGAGCCCACGAGCCGUGCGUGGUGCUAUCGGAGACCAUCAACAAGGCUUACAUGCACGUGGUUCUGAGCGACGAGCGCGUGUACCUCACUGAAUACCCGCCGCGCACGCUCACCGAAGCCUUGAGCUUCAGGUGUGUGCGUGACAUCGAGCUCGUCAAUGACCUCCCAGACUUCCUUCAUGGAAAGAACCGGGAACUCUGCCAGCACAUUCGAAUCACCUACGUCACAGACAAGCCUGUUGUGAGGGGCCAUGAUUGGCUGAGGAGAGACAGGAAGGCGGGACGUCCUCCCGUAGCCCCGCCCUCUCGCAGAACCAGCCAAUGCCCAACAAUAACACACACCGUAGAAGGAUAUCCUGCACAGAGGAGCCCCGGUGAGCUUCCCACGUUACCACCCACACGUUCUGCCUCGUGUCCAGACCCGGAGACUCUGGGCCUCAUCAGGGUCCCACACCCCACCACUCGGCCUCCCUCCACAGCGCCCUCCCCCACCAGCUCCCCCACCUCUCCUCUGUCGCCAUCCAGUCACAGACUUAACUUCCCCAACACUGGCCAGGUCCAGAGGGGGAUCGGCUCAGUUCUGUCUCGCCUGUUGAGGAGGGACUCUUCGAGCGGAGAGGAGAGGGAGGCCGAGCUGCAUCUUUACGCCGUGUCGGAUACGUCCAGACUUUACCUUCAUCUGCAGAGCUCAUGGAACAGCUUCAUUAUUAAGUCCACUCUGGCGUUGGACCCGCUCUACAGAAGGAGGUGCAGUGCCUCGUCUAAGUCCUGUCCUGGAAAACGACCUCCAGCCAUCAGCUGGGAUCGGACAGCUCACCUGUUUGGUCAGCUGAGCUGUGAGCUCCUGCAGGAGGGGAUCAGUGUGGAGAGUCUCUACCUGCUGCUGCAGGAGCUGAGAACCGCCGCUCACCGCGACAUCACACUCCGCCGACUCUUCUGGAGGUCCAGUGAGCUGUUCGUCUUCCUGGUUCAGACUCUGGAGGAAUCUCUGCACGGCUGCCAGAGCCUCAGUGGAGUCUGCACAGCAGAUCAACUACUACUGAGCACUCUGAUCGUCCAGACGCUCGCCGUCAUGUUCAGAGAGACGGAGGUCGAACCGGCCAGACUCAACCUGCUCUCUGCCAAAAAAGGAGCCCUGGCCUCCAGAAUGCUGCUCGCCUUGAUAUGUGACGCAGAGCUACAAACACAGAACCAAAGCUCUCUGGUUGACUGCAAGGUGAGCUGCUCCCCACUCACAUUAAUGUUAUAUAUUUCAUCUGUUUCUAAUGUCACCGCUGUCCUUCUCUGUCAGUGUCAGGCCUUACUAGCCGAGUACCUGGACGCCGCCUGCUCUCUGCUCUUUGAGCUGCUGCUUUUAGGCCACGACGCCAGCAGAAGUUCCUCUGCUGACAACUUCCUGUCUGUUGGCAGGAUCCUCGGAGUCCUGCAGCCUCAUCCUCAAAUGUUGUCCUUCAUUGGGUACCAGGUCCAGCAGGUGGUGCUGGUUCUGUCGGACCUGCAGGAGUCCUUUCUGAGUCCACUUCAGUCUGUUGUGUUGUACCAGCGCUGUCGCCUCCUGCUGGCCUGUCUGCAGUACAACAACCAGCUGGCCCAGCACCUCCGAUCCCAUUUCAGAGAGGAGUUCAGGUACUUUGUGAAGCUGUCGUGCGCGGAGGAGAAGCUGCCGCCUCACUACCCGAUCAGCCAACCAACUCUUCAGCUGGUCGAGCAAAUCCUGACUCUUCAUCUGCACAGAUGAUCGCACACAAACACACGCGCUCUCGCAGACUGUGCCUUUAAUAAAGUCUGAGUGAGUUUAUCUUUCGAGUCGCACCGCUGCCGUUAAUGAACCGAGCGGUAAAUCUGCUGCUGUUACAGGUGAAACAAAGGAACUCAGUAGAAAGAAUAGCACUUCUUUCUACCACGUGUUUUUGUUGUGUUACGAAAUGUUCCUUUAAUGCUGUAAAGCAGAAAUCUUCUCCCGGUUUCCUGCGUCGAUGCUCAGCUGGUGUAGUGUUCACCACGUUAGCUUAGCAUAUUAGCAUGCAAGCACCUGCUAAUUGGCACCAACGUUCCUGUUGUAUAAGCAUCCUUCCCUGUACGUUUGGAUUCUGCCUUUGUGUACAUUUAGGACAUGUAGAUCUGCAGAUGUCCUCAGAUGAUGUGCGCUCUAAAUGAACGUUAUUUAAGUGGAAGUUGUCUAAAGUUCAAGGGCACAUUCAUGGUGGAUUACUCACGAUUGUGUCAACGACGGAGAAAAGAUUACGUCGAACAAGACUCGGACUGAAGAAGACAACGGUCAUAAAACCAAUUCCGUCUGAUUGUUGGGCUAGUGGGUAGGAAGUACAUUGAAGAAAUAAUUUCUUAAAUUAAAGGUAGACUGAAGCUUUUAGAAAGAUUCACUUAAUCAGUGUAAAACCCUGAUUAUUUAACUAAAUUAAGUUUUAAUACCAGAACUAGUAGAAAUUACUUUUCUGACAUUUUCCAUCUUCCAUUGAUUUUACUGUCAACGGUUGAAGUUUGCAAAUAAUUAAAGGAAUACUCCAUCAGAAGAAAAGACACGGUCACCUGUGAACAUGUGAGUGUGUUAAUUUAAUAAAACAUGAUCUCGUCACACAACGCCUUGUUUUCCUGCACUGAUUCGUGGGCGAUGCGUGCUGCCGUACGCGUUCACAUCUUGGCUUUAAGCGUCUGUCUCGAGUACAGAUGCUGCUGCAGAAAAGCCAAGAUCUUAUUCCAGGAGUCCUCCUGAGUGUCUGAAUGGGGUUUGGUUUGUCCUCCCCAAAGCAAUAUCACUGAAACACACGAUGGAGAUCAGAAAACUGGAGGGUUUUUAAUGGAUACGUAAGGCAGAACAAAAUAAAUAAAUGUUACAUUGUAAAAUAUAGAACAAUUUUUUACCAACAGAUUAAAAUAUUUGGUUCUGUGAUCGACGGUGAAGGGAACACAUCUAUGAAUGUCUUCCAUAACCCCGAAAACCACCAAAACUAAAAACCAAAAGCAGAGCCUGCAGACGUUAAAUGAGCAGAACUCACCUUUCUCUUUUGUGUCAUCCUUUAUGAACUUAGUGGCUCUGAAGUGAGGCGAGUAGGGCGGCUCGAUCAGAUGUCCGGCAUCCAGGUAUUCAAUUCUGGUCAGCAGGUGCUCCUUCCCUGCUGCUCGCAUCAUUUUGGCCAUCUGGGGUGGGGUCAAAGGUCAAAUCAAAACCACCGACUGAUUUCAUGUCUGUGGAGCUCCAGCAAGUGUGUCUGUGUGUGUGUGUGCACUCACAUCCUCAGCACACUCCACUGUGGGCACGUUCUGAUCAUCACGGCCGUUCACCAACAACAUUGGACAGUUUAUUUUCCCCACCUCCAAGAGAAUCAAGCACAAUACGUGUUUGUUAGAAUAAACCAAUGUUUGCACGAAAUGUGUCAUUUGGUGCAAAGUGGAACACCAUAACAAUAUUUUACAUUUAUAGUGCAAUGCAUUGACUAUAUCGUAAGGGGAUGUAGUCAUUUCAUUCACUGAAAACACACUGAAAGGGUUGUCAACCUGUCAAUCACUG